AUGCCAACCUGGGGGAUUGUCGUCCACGAUGUCAACGUGCGCUCGCUCGGCAUCAAUAAGGCGUCAGAGGAUCUUACCGGCGUGCAAGAUAAGGUUAUUAAGGACCUACUUGCGAGCAACGUGCAAAACUGGGGCGAAGGGGCAGAGAUUACUAAGAUCAGCUGGCUGCGUAUCCCAUCGGGGAAGAGUGGCUCGUUGAUAGUGGAGUUCACUUCUCCAGUGCUGGCUAACGUGGCGAUCGAUAAGGGGGUCCUCUGGGAUUGCGAUAGCCUGACAGCGGUCCUAUACGAUAGGGCGGCGCGUGUGCGGCAGUGCUUCAACUAUCAACAAUACGGACAUAUAGGAACCACCUAUGCCAACGCCGUCAAAUGCGUGUAUUGUGCGGAGGGCCAUCAAUCUCGGGAUUGCCCGUCGAAGGAUACACGGGAGAAUAAGUGUGCUAACUACGAGGGUACACACGCUGCGUGGAGCACGGAAUGCGAGGCACGCUAA